CGCGGCGGUGGCGGCGGCGGCAGGGAGCCUCGCAACAGCCCGCCAGCCUCUACAGAGGACAGAACUAAGGUCAGAGAAGUUACCUGCUCAAGGUGAAAGCUGUGGCACUUGCCUUACUUCAGUAGAAUAAUGGCUGUUUUUGGAAAGAAGAAACAUGGAAAGUGGUGCAGUUCUGCUGGAAUCCAAAUCCUCACCAGUUAACCUUCUGCAUGAAAUGCAUCAACUACGCCUUCUGGGCCACCUGUGUGACGUCACUGUGAGCGUGGAGUACCAGGGUGUCCGAGAAGAAUUCAUGGCCCAUAAGGCGGUGCUGGCAGCCACCAGCAAAUUUUUUAAGGAAAUGUUCCUUAAUGAGAAGACUAUGGAUGGUACUAGGACUGUCUACUUACAUGAAGUGCAAGUGGUUGACUUUGCUUCAUUUCUUGAGUUUGUCUACACCGCAAAGGUACAGGUGGAAGAAGAUCGGGUGCAGCGAAUGCUGGAAAUGGCUGAGAAGCUAAAAUGUUUGGACUUAUCAGAAACUUGUUUUCAAUUAAAGAAACAGAUGUUAGAGUCAGUGCUUUUGGAGUUGCAGAGUUUCUCCGAGUCUCAGGAGGUGGAAGGGAGCAGUGGCUCCCAAGGCAGUGUUACUUCUGACACUGGGGCAAGUGUGGCCGUGGACAGUCCUUUCACCAAUGGCCUUGUGGCCUCCUUAGCUCCUCCAGUGCAGAGAAUCAGCAACGGUACGUUGCCAGAUCUGUCCCCAAAGAAGUCCAAAGAAAAACCAGACAAGAAGAAAGAUGGAGUUAAGCCUUCCUACCCCAAAGUCAGAAGAGCUAGUGGAAGGCUGGCUGGCAGAAAGGUAUUUGUGGAAAUUCCUAAAAAGAAAUACACAAGAAGACUCCGAGAGCAGCAGAAAAGUGCUGAGGAUGAUGUGGGGGACUACGGGUGUACCCAAGACCCCAGCCCAGACACUGUGGGGAUCGAGGAUGAGCCAGUGACAAAAAGUGAGGAUUUCAGUGCUGGAGUGGAGGUCGGGGAGGUGCUGCAGAAGGCAGGGCAGGUGGGUGAAGAAGAGGAGGAGGAGGAAGGGGAGGAGGGGGAGGAGGAGGAGAAGAGGAAGAGCAACUUUAAGUGUACCAUCUGCGAAAAGGCCUUUCUGUAUGAGAAGAGCUUCCUGAAGCAUAUCAGGCACCAUCACGGUGUGGCCACGGAGGUGAUUCACCGCUGUGACACCUGUGGCCAGACCUUCGCCAACCGCUGCAACCUGAAGAGCCACCAGCGCCACGUCCACAGCAGUGAGCGCCACUUCCCAUGUGAGCUCUGCGGGAAGAAAUUCAAGAGGAAGAAGGACGUCAAGCGGCACGUGGUGCAGGUUCACGAGGGGGGUGGCGAGCGGCACCAGUGCCAGCAGUGCGGCAAGGGCCUGAGCUCCAAGACGGCCCUGCGGCUCCACGAGCGGACACACACCGGCCACAAGCCCUACGGCUGCACCGAGUGUGAGGCCAAGUUCUCACAGCCCUCGGCACUGAAGACCCACAUGAGAAUUCAUACAGGGGAAAAACCUUUUGUCUGUGAUGAAUGUGGUGCAAGAUUCACUCAGAACCACAUGCUGAUUUAUCAUAAAAGGUGUCACACAGGUGAAAGACCUUUUAUGUGUGAAACAUGUGGCAAGAGUUUUGCUUCUAAGGAGUAUUUAAAACAUCACAAUAGAAUCCAUACUGGAUCCAAACCCUUUAAAUGUGAAGUUUGUUUCAGGACUUUUGCCCAACGGAAUUCACUUUACCAGCAUAUUAAAGUCCACACAGGCGAACGUCCCUAUUGUUGUGACCAGUGUGGUAAGCAGUUCACCCAGCUCAACGCUCUCCAGCGUCACCAUCGGAUCCACACGGGAGAGAAGCCGUUCAUGUGUAACGCAUGUGGAAGGACAUUUACUGACAAGUCCACUCUCCGGAGGCACACCUCAGUUCAUGACAAGAAUACACCAUGGAAGUCCUUCCUUGUUAUUGUAGAUGGCUCACCCAAGAAUGAUGAAGGGCAUAAGACUGAACAGCCUGAUGAAGAAUAUGCAUCAUCCAAACUUUCAGAUAAAUUGCUGUCUUUUGCUGAAAAUAACCAUUUUCACAACCUGGCCACAGUCCCAGGCAGCGUAUCUACUGUGCAUGAGAAUAGUUCUGCCAACACAGCCUGCAAGUCGGACAAUUCUGUGGUAUCCCAGGAUGCUCUGCUGGCCACCACCAUCAGUGAGCUUAGUGAGCUGACACCACAGACAGACUUGAUGCCCACACAACUUCACUCACUGACCAGCAUGGAGUGAGCUUGAAGUGACCCGCCAAGCAGGCCCCAUCCUGCAUCUCGUGUGACAGUGUGUGCAAGGUGAUGUAUCAGGAGCCAAGAUAAAGAACCGUCCGUAGGCAAAGAAGUGGGCAUUCAAGAAUGGCUUCUCAUUUUCCACAAUUUCUGAUAACUUGCACGCUUUUAUCAAAGCAUUUUUGAAGCUUCCCCUUAAAAAUCCUGAUCUGCACGACCUCAGCUACACUUUAUCAACACAUAAGGCAGUUAACAUAAUCUCACUUAAUUCUGGUGUAGGCUGUUAUAGGCAUUCAUCAUUCUAAUGCUUGAUUGUCUUGAUGUUUAUGAAGCUUAACUAUUUACCUUAAUAGAGUACACAGCAUUGAUCCAGCUCAUGAAAUUGCUUUUAAUGGUCUCCCUAGUCUCUCAGCCUGCCUUAUAUUUCCAUGUGGGUGUAUUUCUCUGAUACUUUAAAGAUAGUUUUCUACCAACUGAAAUAAAACUGGGGCCAUAUAUUUUUAAUUGUUUCUUUCCUGCCGAAUUGAAGCAAAUCAGAUUUGCUCUAAGUACCCUUGAACUGAAGAGAUGAAUUACUGCAUUCACCCCUUUCUACUCCCCCAGCCCCGCACUAAAUAAAGGAAUGACAAAUUGAACACCUGCAAAAUAGUUUAGUAUAGCCUCUACUCACAGCAUAUGUGCAGCUAGGAAAUUUGUCAUAAAGUAGCUUUUGAAAUGAA